AUGCGAGGUGACAGCCCCGUGGACCUUUGCGGCGGAGGUCGUGUAUGGUCUUGUUGCAUACCCAUUGAAGACCUCAAAGGCCCUGAGCUCGUCAAUCCAGAAUGCGGCAAGACCUACGUGAACGAAAAAAGAAUCGUCGGCGGCGCUCCCGCCAGCUUCGGGGAGUAUCCAUGGCAGGCUGCCAUCAUGCUUCGACUCUUCUUCUGGAUGGAGCAUUUCUGCGGUGGCGCUCUCAUCAGCGAUAAAUAUGUUCUGACGGCGGCUCAUUGUGUAGCUCGGAAGUCUCUGAGACUCAUGCGAGUUAGACUCGGGGAAUACGACACGACGCACACCUCGGAGCGAUAUCUCCACGAGGAUCACAAUGUUCGACGGGUGAUCAUUCACCAAGGCUACCGCCAAACCUUCCCGGUGGACGAUAUCGCGCUCAUUGAGUUGGCUGCUCCGGUAAAAUUCAGGAGACACGUCGCUCCAAUAUGUCUGCCCGAAAGCGGCGCCAGUUUCAGCGGCGAGAUCGCUACCGUCUCCGGCUGGGGAAAACUGGAAGAGAGAGGAUACGCGCCUGCGGAGUUGCACAAGACGAGUCUGCGGGUCUUGGACAAUCACGUCUGUCGUUCAUGGUUCGGUAACAACAACUAUACCCCGCUUUUACUCGAUACGAUGGUGUGUGCGGGCUUCAAGGAGGGAGGGAGGGAUUCCUGUCAAGGUGAUUCGGGAGGACCCUUGAUCGUAGAGAGGGAAGGUCGGGUCCAAGUCAUUGGAAUCGUUUCUUGGGGUUACGGCUGUGCCAAGCCAUACUCCCCGGGAGUCUACACGAGAGUUCCGAGCUAUAUCGAUUGGAUUGACUAUGCCUUGAAUUUGAGAGAUGGAUCCGCACCGACACCCGCGAUGCUAAGAGUCCUCGAUCUCUGUCCGGUGUUCUUGAGCCUCCUCCUCCUCCUCCUCCCGUACUGCACCGCUGAGGAACGCACCGGACCGUGGAGCUCGGACCUGGUGGUCCCCCAUCCGGAUUACAUAAACUCUCGAAUUCUUGGAAGAGGUGGUUCGGCCAGUCACCAAAGGAGUUUCGACGAAGAUGGCGCCGAUGCUCCCCCUAUGGACGAGGUGAUCGAUCACAAUGGGAAUGCUUCGGUGGGAGGACGGACAUGGUCGAGCACAAGUUUCUUGAACGCAGCGCGCUACGCCAUCUCCUUCCCGCGUAAAUGUAGAUACGAAAAUAAGACAUACGACUGCGGUUUCGGAGCUUCAUGUUGGUUGAGAGGACAGCGUACCCUCAGUCUAUGCGGCGGAGGUUUGGUAUGGGCCUGCUGUGUGCCUCGAAGUGCACCCGGAGCUGGCUUGAGAGGUUCGAUAAUCGCUUCUGCAGAUUGCGGGAAAACCAUCGUCGCCAAAGACAAAAUCGUCGGCGGUGUAGCCGCGAAUUUCGGAGAGUAUCCAUGGCAGGUGGCGUUAGUCGGCCGUACUUUUUUCUCUGAGGUGGUCUUCUGCGGUGGAUCUCUCAUCAGCGAGAGGCAUGUUCUGACUGCUGCGCAUUGCACCGAAUCGGAAGUAUUCCUAAACGUGAGAGCAAGGCUUGGAGAACACGAUCUGAAGAACGAGUUCGAGCGACACGCGCACGAAGAAUACGAAAUUCGCAGAACGACCAUACACGAGGGCUAUCGAAAGUGGGGGACCGUCAACGACAUAGCACUCCUGGAAUUGGAAGGAGCCGUCAAAUUCAGAGAGAACGUUCAGCCGAUAUGUCUGCCGCAGACCGACGACAGCUUCGCUGGUGAAAUGGCAACAGUCUCUGGAUGGGGUCGGUUGUCCAGCGGGGCGAAAACAUCUCCAACGCUGCAGAAAGUCGAUGUGAAAGUUUAUGACAACCGUUUUUGUCGCGUCCUUUACGCUCCUGCUUACUUCUUCCGGAUCCAAAUACUUGAUUCCAUGCUCUGUGCAGGAUUCCUGCAAGGUGGCAAAGAUUCCUGUCAGGGGGACUCAGGGGGGCCGCUUAUUGUGCACAAAGACGAGCGUGCUUUCUUGAUUGGCAUCGUUUCCUGGGGCUUCGGGUGUGCUUCACCAAUCAUCCCGGGGGUGUACACAAGAGUUUCGAGUUACAUGUCGUGGAUCAAGGACAACAUGGAGAAUGACUCGCACACGGCUGCGACAACCACCCCCUCUCCGGCGGACUCCGAGGCCUAA